AAUCUCUUUUCCUUUGUAAACCUCUUUCUCUCUUCUCAAAAAAAGAAAAAAGAUCUACCAUCACCUUCAAAGCUCAGAAAAGCUAUGGCCAUGUACAAUGGUGCUUUCUUUGAUCUCUCAUUAUUGCUUCUAAUGUUAGCAUUUUCCCAACGUUUCUUCCUUGUAGAUUCAACAACAGACACAGCAGAUAUUAAGGUUCUCAAAGAUCUGAAAAAUGGUCUCAACCCAAAGUCCAUCGUACCUGGUUCUUGUCUAAGUUCAUGGGACUUUUCGUUGGACCCAUGUGACCACGUCUUCAGCAACCACUUCACGUGCGGUUUCAGAUGCGACCGAGUUGUCUCCGGCUCAUUCCGAGUCACCGAGAUCACUCUCGACCCGGCGGGUUACUCAGGUUCACUCACUUCCACUACUUGGUCACUCCCUUACUUACAAACCCUCGAAAUUUCAGACAAUUCGUUCUCGAGCUCAAUCCCAGAGCUCUCCAACUUAACUCGCCUCCGCCGACUCAGCCUCUCCAGAAACUCGCUCUCUGGUCCAAUCCCCGACUCGCUCGGCUCACUCUCUCAGCUCCAAGAGCUCUACCUCGACAACAACGAACUAAACGGUCCCAUCCCUUUAACCUUAAACAAACUGGUUCAUCUGAAAAGACUCGAAGUCCAAAGAAACAACCUCAGUGGCAAGAUUCCCAAUCUGGGUUCUCUCAGAAACCUCUAUUUCUUCGAUGCCAGCGAUAAUGAGCUCUCUGGUGAAGUCCCAUUAACAUUGCCAAAGUCCCUCGUCGAGGUCUCUGUUCGAAACAAUAACUUACAAGGAAACCUCCCAGAAAGUUUAGCCAAUUUGGGUUAUUUACAAGUACUCGAUUUGAGCCAUAACGAGCUCAGUGGGCCUGUGAUUUCAGUUCUUUUGGACCAUCUUUCACUUCAACAACUCACACUCUCUCACAACAAUUUCACAUCUAUGGAAGUGCCUAGUAACUAUGUUAAUAGCGGAUUGAUAGCCAUUGAUCUGAGCUAUAACGAGCUUAGAGGAUUGUUGCCAGUGUUUAUUGGAUUAAUGCCAAAGCUGUCGGCCUUGUCUUUGGAGCACAACAAGUUUACAGGGAUGAUACCAAUGGCGUAUGCUAUGAAAGCAGCUGUUCCUGCAGGAGCUGGAACAACGGCGUCGUUUCAGAGACUGUUGCUUGGUGGGAAUUACUUGUUCGGAUUGAUACCAGAUGCUUUGAUGGGUUUGAAACCGGGUUCGGUUAAUGUGAGCCUUGUGGAUAACUGUUUGUACAUGUGCCCUGAAAAGUUUUUCUUCUGUCAAGGUGGGGAUCAGAAGUCUUUAGUGGAUUGUAAGAAUUUUGGGCCUGUGAUUCCUUGAUAUUGACAUGUAUAAUGUAUCUUCAAUUGUUUAACAUUGUACACUUUCUUUGUCACAAUAUAUAUAUUUUGUAUGAUA